UUCUUCCCUCUGCUUUUCGGUCCGGUGCUGGCUGCUUCACCCCUCUCCCCAGCAGAGCGUCGGAGGGGCGGCGGUCAGGCGAUGGCGGGGCGCGGGCGGCGUCGCUGAGGUAGUGAGGAGGGAGUGGGGAGUUCGGCGCCAUGCGGUCCCUGAACAUCACCCCAGAGCAGUUCUCACAGCUCCUGCGGGAAAACAACGUGACACGGGAGCAGUUCAUUGCCCUUUACGGGCUACAGCCGCUGGUGUACAUCCCGGAGCUGCCGGCUCGCACCAAGGUGGCCUUCGUCCUCAUCUGCGUGCUCAUCUUCGUCUUGGCGCUCUUUGGCAACUGCCUGGUGCUCUACGUGGUGACUCGCAGCAAAGCCAUGAGGACCGUCACCAACAUCUUCAUUUGCUCGUUGGCGCUCAGCGACCUCCUCAUCGCCUUCUUCUGCGUCCCCUUCACCAUGUUGCAGAACAUCUCCUCCAACUGGCUCGGCGGUGCCUUUGCUUGCAAGAUGGUACCAUUUGUUCAAUCCACUGCUAUUGUAACUGAGAUUCUUACAAUGACCUGCAUUGCUGUGGAAAGACACCAGGGAAUUGUGCAUCCCCUAAAAAUGAAGUGGCAGUACACUAAUAAAAGAGCUUUCACAAUGCUUGGCAUAGUCUGGUUGCUGGCACUUAUUGUUGGGUCACCUAUGUGGCAUGUGCAACGACUUGAGGUUAAAUAUGACUUUCUGUAUGAAAAAGUGUAUGUGUGUUGCUUGGAAGAAUGGGCCAGUCCAAUUUAUCAGAAGAUAUAUACAACCUUUAUUCUUGUAAUACUCUUCCUUCUUCCACUGAUGUUGAUGCUUUUUUUGUACACCAAAAUUGGCUAUGAACUCUGGAUUAAGAAACGAGUGGGAGAUGCUUCAGUUCUUCAAACCAUUCAUGGGAGUGAGAUGUCUAAAAUAUCAAGGAAGAAGAAGCGAGCAAUUGUUAUGAUGGUGACAGUGGUGUUUCUCUUUGCAGUCUGUUGGGCCCCUUUCCAUGUGAUUCACAUGAUGAUAGAAUACAGUAACUUCGAAAAGCAGUAUGAUGAUGUGACAGUCAAAAUGAUCUUUGCAAUUGUCCAGAUUAUAGGAUUCUUCAAUUCGAUUUGCAACCCUAUUGUGUAUGCCUUCAUGAAUGAAAACUUCAAGAAAAAUUUUUUGUCUGCCAUCUGCUUCUGCAUUGUCAAAGAAAACUCAUCACCGGCCAGGCAGCUGGGGAACUCGGGGAUUACUCUGAGGCGACAAAAGGCUGAUUCUCAAAGAGAUCCUGUUGACUCGGAUGAAGGCAGGAGAGAGGUGUUCAGUGAUGGCAACAUUGAAGUGAAGUUCUGUGAUCAGCCAGCUUCCAAAAGGCAUUUGAAAAGGCACCUUGCUCUAUUCAGCUCUGAGCUUACCAUGCCUUCUGCGUUAGGAAAUGGACAGUAGUAUCACAAAGGGUUUGAGAAUGGAAAAAGCAUUCUCUUUAGGUAACUUUCAGUAAGCCAUUUAAAAUAGUUUUCUACUUUGCUUGCUGGAAUGAGAGGAAGAAUAUUUCAUGGAUUAUUAUAAUAAUGAGGUAGUGGUUGGAAAAAAUGCAGUAUAUUUUAUAAGGAUGAGAAGGAAAACUUCAGAGAACACUGUUACUGUAUGAUUUCCAGGAUAAGAGCCGAAUGCUUACAUCCUAAGCUAAUUUAGGGCUUGUUUGUGCUUGGAAGAGAGCAAACAUGUCUUUCUGGACCACUUUGAAAUCCAAAAUGUGUCCAGCAUUGUAAAGUUUACUUUCUGCAGCUUAGAGGUCAGAGAAGCUUCAGAUCUGAGUUCAGAAAAAAUGCAGACUGAGAUGCAGUUCUAUUUUGGAAAAAAAAGUGUAUGAAAUAGCCAGAAUUUGAUUCUGAAGAAGAUCUAAACAUUGCAUGCAUGAUCAGGUUUUGUUAGCAGAAACCAUAUUAGAAAUUAACAGUGCAUGCAUAAUUUACUGUUUUUACAAGUUAAUUUUUGGGUGUAAAUUUAAAUGCCAGUGUGCUGCCCUGUAAACUGCAUUGCUCUACUGAAAAAUGUGGAAGUGGACAAAGUGCUGUACAAGUGUGCAGAUGCCGGAGAUGUGGUCUAUAGAGUAAACACUGAGUUUAACUUGCAGGUGUGCUUGGAUAAGUGACUUUCAAGUUGAAUGAAAGUGUGUUGUCAUAUUCUAGUGGGAUAUAAGGGCCAAAUCCAGAGCCUGCUGGGACGCUACAGAAGACUGUCAGCUGAAUAUCAUCAUCUUUUGACCAGACACUUCUCUGAAGACGUGCAGUUUUUUCUGUCUCUCCAUCAUCUUCAAAGUGGAUUAAUUACUUUCCAAGAACAGGGCCAGUGUUCCAUUGUUUUUAGCCUUCACAGCAAAUUCAAAGUUGAAAUCCAUAUACAUUCUAAAUGGUUUUGCUCUAGGUGGAUCAGAUUGAAAAAUUGUAAAAGGAUGCUUACAAGUGUUAGACUGGGGAAAAAGUGUGAUCUAGAAUGUUAGACUAUGAUCUGAUCCCAUAAAUGAGGUUUUGAAAUACAUAAUUUGCAGCUCCAGCUGAGGUUAGGUUGAUCCUUUAAUUAUCUCUGAGAUGUCGUUGCUCUCUUCUGUCAUCUCUUGCCUCACCUAAGGGACUUUAAUACUCCCAAGGCAAUGCAUUUUAGGAUUGUUUUACGUUGCUACUUCACACUUCAUUGUAAUUGCAAGCUUAGUCUAAAUUAUCCUUGUAUUAAUUGGAAGUAAUCUGUUCCUUCUGUAAUGUCUACUCCCAUGACAGUGGAAGAUACCUGAGUUGUCCUGACAGGAAUUAAGAGCACUCCUAUUAAAAUAAGAAUAUGUAUUAGAUGAAUUAACAGUUUUGGAGAGCUAUGCCUAGGUGAAACGGCAUGAGUGAGGACAAAAUCUGGUUUAGAACUCAGCUGACAGCUGAGUCCUGGCAGUCCAGCUACAACAGAAGGGUUUUAUCAUUACCCUCUCCACAGGGAGCCAGGAAAGCUGAAAUGCCAGUUGAGAUAAGGACAAUUUACUAUUCUGUUGCAGGAAUAUCAGUUUAGGCAAAGAGAAAACAAAACAGGAGAAAAGGCACCAGUGGACACAGGAGACAAUGCUGGGAAAACCACCACCACCACUGUGUGCAAACCAAAACCACAACAAAAGGGACAAACUCCAGGCUGGAAACUGGGGAAGAGAUGCAAAAACCUAGAACAAGAAACUUCACAAGCCAUAGCAUGUGUUACAAGUCUUAUAAACCCCAGUGAAGCACUUUCCUGCCAUACAGUGAGCCAUGAUGUGAGUGUGGUAUAGAAUAUAUGAUCCAGCUUGUUCUGUUGCUCUGUGCCAUAGGGCGGGUAGUCCUGUCCCUCAUCCCUCCUAGUGUGGCCAGUCAGCUUAAACCAAUGCAUCCAUCUAAAUCAUGAGCUCUACUAAAUCCAUCUGAUGUCCUCUGAAACUAAUUCUCGCAAAACCAAAAGAAUUCUGCCAGGAGGCAGUCUCACUUAAUACUUUUUAUUCUGGAAGAAUGGGAAUUCUGUUGCAGAUGCACUGUUACAGAUGGCUAUUGAGAGGUUUCAGUCUCUUGUACUCACUAUUUUCCUUGUUCGUGCUCUCCUUUUUCUGUUGAGCCAGACAACAUGUCUGACACUUUCCUGGCCCAUGCAUUUCCAGAGUCUGGCCAGCUGAAUGUGUCCUGUCUUUAUCAGCAAGUCAGGUCCUGGCAUCAUCUCAUCCCAGCUUUAAAGCUUACCCCCUUACAGCUGAUAUUAAAUUAAAUUUCUCUUUAAUUUGAUCAAAGUUAAAGAAGUGAUUCAUAACUAAGAUAGUAGAAAGAAAGUUUUUGGAGGCUGCAUUUUUCCUCAAGUCACAUUAACAGUUUUAAUAGAUAUUUUCAGUUUAGGGAAAUAAGCAUGGCUAUCUUUUCUGCUCUCUGGUAAAAUAAUUA